CUGAGAGCACUCUACAAUACACAUGGGAUCUAUCCCAGUUCACCAGGCUCACCAAGCCUUCCAUCCUUACGGGGUCGGCAAAUUAGUACCAGACUUGUCUGGAAGGAUAACGACACCCGCUCGAUACAUCGGAAUUUAACACAAUUUGAGGUCAUAGAAAUUCGAUUUCUUGUUAAGCUAAACUCUCCAUGUCAUCCAUCACCGGCUUUGGGCCGAUCGGUACCGUCUUCUCAAGAAGCAACGUCACCAUCAGAAACCGCUGGCAAGGAUUUCGUCUUUUUUACGACGGAGCUGGCAAAUCAAGCGGCACUUGAUUUCGAAAAGGAACGCUUCGACAGCCUCCUGGAAUGGCACAUGAAGUUCCGCAAGCGUAAGGAGGCGCAGCUUAUUUCGGAUGAUGCAUCCACAGAGAAAGCCGAUAGCUCACUAAAAAUGGAAAUGAUGACAAAUUCGUCAGCAUUCAGCACGUCUUCUAGCAUUAACGAUGUCGUUGAGGCGCCAACAAAUGGAUUAUGUAAAAAGUAUGUUGAUGUGAAUGUCUUUCUGUUAAGGAAAAAUGCCUGUCAUAUUUAG